GAAAAGGUUUUAGUCUCGGCCCAGGUUGCCACCAAAAACCCCAAGCCCGAUUGCCCGAGUCUCUGGAGCUGCUGCAAGCAAGCAAGCAAGCAAAAUGGUGUCUGCUGCUUCCCUUCCGCUUCUUUGAAUGAAGAAGAAAGCUUGGGGCUUGUCCAAAACCAUCGGCAGCUUCUUCACCAAGCAGCACAAACUCAUGGAAGAUUUCCCAGAGCGUUACUCUUACAACCCAACUCAGCGUUGGAACGCUGAGCUCGAAAGCUACUUCUCCAAUGCCUAUGGACCCCAAAAUUUCUCUCGCAUCUCCAAAGCCCUGACGCGCCCGUCUUGCUACUCCUGUAUACGCGUGAACACACUCAAGACCACGCCCGAUGCCGUCAUUGACAAGUUGACGGCGGUUCUGAAAGAAAACAGAGCUUACAUUUCCAAGUGUGACGUCGCAGGGCUGGACAACGUUGUGUUUGUGAGGGGUUCAGGCCCUCACACCAUUAAUUAUGGUUAUGCUGCAGAUGGGAAGCCUCCAAAGGAGGUUCUUGUGAGCCGGAAAUGUGCCGAGGCAGUUCUUCGAGGUGCCCAGGUGUACGUUCCUGGUGUAUUGGCUUGCAGUGCUCAUGUUGAGAAAGGGGAAUUGGUUGCGGUUUCAGUCUCGGUUGAGCAGCCUGGUGUUGAUGGUGGAUGGGGCGUUGGGAUCACUCGAGGGACUGUGCUGCAAGGUUCACAGACAGAUCCUUAUCAUCUUGAACGAAGUGGGCUGUAUAUCGGCCAAGGAAGAGCAAUGAUGUCAAGGUCCGGGAUGUUCCGUGUUACAGAAGGGCUUGCUGUGGACAUGAGUGACAGAGUAUUUCAUCUGCCUUCCUUUCGUGACGUGCUUGAGGGGCAAAUAUUUCUUCAAAAUCUGCCAAGCAUUGUCGCUGCUCGUGCACUAGAUCCUCAAAAAGGUGAGCGCAUACUAGACAUGUGUGCUGCACCGGGAGGGAAAACAACUGCAAUAGCAAUUCUUAUGAAGGAUGAAGGAGAAAUCGUUGCUGUUGAUAGAUCUCACAAUAAGGUGCAAGGUAUUCACAAAUUGGCUGCUGAAAUGGGCCUGAGUUGUAUAACCCCAUAUAAACUUGAUGCUCUAAAAGCUGUUUGUGUAAGGAACGAAUCUGAAGAUUUGUCUGAUCCAUCUUGUGCUAAGGAUAAUCAUGGUGGACACAUUCAAGAUUCCAACUUCAUGAAGUCAGAAGUAGAGAAAAUUGAAUCAAUUACUUUUGAAAGGUUGAAUGCUGAGAAGGAUUUUAAGAAAGCUGUUAGCAAUGAAAAAGCGAAUGAGAGUUCUUACAUUAGCAAAGCUGACAUCAGGAAGGAAAUGCGAAGAAAACGGAAUGGUCCAGGAAGAAAUCAGUGCUUGGGUGGCAAGGUUGAGAAGUCAAAAGGCUUUGCUCCCCACAGCUUUGAUCGAGUUCUUCUUGAUGCACCUUGUUCUGCCCUUGGUUUAAGACCUCGACUAUUUACUGGAGAGGAAACAAUCGAAUCCUUGAGAAAGCAUGCGAUAUAUCAAAGGAGAAUGUUUGAUCAGGCUGUUCAGUUAGUUCGCCCGGGUGGAGUGAUUGUGUACUCAACAUGUACAAUAAAUCCUGGAGAGAAUGAAGCUUUGGUUCGAUAUGCUUUGGAUACAUAUAAAUUCCUCUCCUUGGCACCACAGCACCCAAGAAUCGGAGGACCUGGUCUUGUUGGGCGCUUUGAAUUUCCUGAUGGAUAUGCUGAGGAGUGGCUAAGACCUGGUGAGGAAGAACUUGUUCAGAGGUUUGAUCCGUCGUCCCCGCUUGACACAAUCGGGUUUUUCAUAGCCAAGUUUGUGGUUGGAUCAAAUGAGGCAGACUUACAAAACUCUUCAUCUUGACAAGAUCAGAACUUCUCCCCUUGAAUACGACAUGUAGUCUAACUCAAAUUCAGAACUUCUCCAUCUGGAAUAUCAUUCAAGGCGGUCUUUCCUUUUAGGUUCAAUAUUUCAUACACUUGAGAAUACCAAUGGAUUAAGAAUACAUCUUCUAUAAGUUUCUGUAUUAAAGAAAAGUUCUUGACAAGUUUAAAUGACAGUUUCCUACAAUUAUUGAA